UUCCCAGCUUGGCGCCUCCCUCUCUUCAGCUGUUUCCUUGUGGAACCACUAACUCUGCUUAGAUAGCCAAAGAAGCCGGUCUUAGAGUCACCCAUCGCCGUGGCUACUGUUGUUCCUAACUGUAUAGGAAUCAAGGGAUUGCAUUAUUACUCUGGGAGACAUCAUCAGCAUGGCAUUCUAGAACUUCCUUUCAAGAACAGAGUGAUGAGAAAGCCAAGGAAGAGCAUUCCCAGUUCCCCCCGAGUGGGUGCACUGAAGUCUCCCUCUUGAUUUACACAAUCCUGAAAUUAGGCAACUUGUUCAUAUAUAUAUUCCUUGGCAUAAGCCAACAUCAGGAAGAAAGGAAGGACGGAAGGAAGGAAGGACAGAAGGAAGGAAGGAAGGAAGGAAGGAAGGAAGGAAGGAAGGAAGGGGAGGGAAUCCUCUUUUCAGGCAUCUAUUCUGUUCCCUCCAGUUUCUCAUUCCUUCUGAAUUAGAGACUUUGACUGCCUGCAAUGCCCCUCCAGUCAGACAUCCUCCGGGAGGUGUGGACAGCAGAUGGUGUGAAUGAGGAAUCAGGAAGCCCUCAGCAGAGACUUAAACCGAAGCUAAAAAAGAAACGGCCAGAGGGUACACUAGAAGCCAAGCCCAAAAAAUCCAGAGUAAAAAAGCAAGAGGAAUCAAGUCCCACAGAGGAUGUUGCUGCCCGGCCACCAGCUGCUAUCAAAAAAGUGAGGAAAAAGAAAGAAGAGAAGCCAGAAGAUGAAAACGAGACGGAUCCAUAUGCCAAGUUCAUUAAAGAUCCCAGAAAAAAGAAAGAAAAACCUGCCAUCCAUUUCAAUGUGUCCAAAGCGCCAAAGAAGAAACAAGAAGACUCUGAAGAUGAUGACUCCGAGGAAGAUGAGGAGGAAGAUGUGCAAUCUGAAGACCCACCAAAAAAGCCAAAAAGAAAGAUCCACAAAGAGGCUCCACCUACUAGUGAAAUCAAGGAAAGGAAACCCAAAAGUAAAGGAGAGAAAGCUGAGCCUGAGGCCAAGGCACGGACCACAAAGGCCUUGAAGAAGGAGCCAAUUUCUGUGUUCCAAGUGAAUGGGGACAAGAAAGACAAAAAAGUCAAAAAGAAAGAUCCAAAAGCCAGUGAGGCAGAAGAUGAUUCUGAUUCCAGCGCUAAGCCAAUCAAAACUGAGAAAAAGAAGACUGCCGCUUCAAUGUUUCAGACUGGAGGAGAUGCCUCUAAGGAGAAGAAAACAAAAAAGAAAGCUCUCACAAAAGCCGCUGAAAAUGAAAGUGAGGAAGAGGAGGCAGCUCAGAAGAACACCAACAAGAAGGGGAAAGCAAAGAAGUCAAAGAAGAAAGAAGAAAGGCCGCCAUCUCCAGUCAUUGAAGUGGAGAACCUGGAGGAAUUUGUGCUUCAACCGGCUCCUCAAGCGGUGACCAUCAAGUGUCGAGUUACUCGAGACAAGAAGGGGAUGGAUCGGGGCCUCUACCCAACCUACUACCUUCACCUUGAUAAUGACAAAAAGGUCUUCCUGUUAGCUGGCCGAAAGCGCAAGAAGAGCAAGACCUCCAAUUACUUGAUUUCCAUUGAUCCCACUGACCUAUCUCGAGAUGGAGAUAACUUCAUUGGAAAGCUGAGGUCCAAUUUGAUGGGCACUCGGUUUUCAGUAUUUGACAAUGGUGUAAACCCUGACAGGGGAAAUGCAGAUUGGUCAAAUGUACGCCAGGAGCUUGCAGCUGUCAUUUAUGAGACAAAUGUAUUAGGAUUUAAGGGACCUCGAAAAAUGACAGUGGUUAUCCCUGGAAUGAAUUCUGACAGCGAGAGGGUGCCAAUCCGGCCCCGAAAUGAUAACGAUGGCCUGCUUAUGAGGUGGCAGAGUAAAAUAAUGGACAAUUUAAUUGAACUGCAUAACAAAGCCCCGGUGUGGAAUGAUGAGACCCAGUCCUAUGUGCUGAAUUUCCAUGGGAGAGUUACUCAUGCCUCUGUCAAGAAUUUCCAGAUUGUCCACUGCAAUGACCCUGACUACAUCGUCUUGCAGUUUGGCCGUGUUGCUGAUGAUGCUUUUACCCUGGAUUACAACUACCCACUUUGUGCUGUGCAAGCCUUUGCCAUUGCCCUGUCCAGCUUUGAUGGGAAGCUGGCCUGUGAAUAGUACGCCUUGGAUUUCAUUGUACUGAAUUUGAGCCAGCAAGACAAACUCCUAUUUCCACGGACUGGCCAUGGAAGAAAAGACUUUGCUUGAUAAUAUAAGGCAACUGUGAAGACGUGAACAGGAAUAACAGUUUAACUAGUAUAGCUACAUAUUGCCAUGGCACAACGAAAGAAUCAAAGCAGGCAAAUAUGUUAUUUAUAGUUUGUUUAGCAUGGCAACACCAUAUGCACGCAUGUGUCCUUGGCCUUUUGAAUGAAACAGUACUCAAACCUAGCGAAAAGCUGGUUUAAAAGACAAUGUUUUGCAUUGUGACUCUAGGAAAUGCUCUUUUUUUGGCAUUCUCUGUUAAUUUACUCAUUAUCGGGGGACCACUUCUUGUACAUACAUAGCUAAUGAUCAACACUAGCUGUUGUUUGAAUCUAUGAGCUUUUCUUUUUCUUUUCUUAGAUUAUUUGCAGGAUAAGUAGGUGGUUUUGUUUGGUAAUCUACAAUUUACAUGGGAAAAUAAUAUUUUUUCUGUAUUGAUAAUGGUCAAUAAAAGAACAAUUUGUGGGAUAAA